UCUCACUUACAAUCUCUAACGGUCAAAAUCGUUAUCUCAAUGCCUCAUCCGUUCCCUCCCCCUCCCUCCACCUCUCAUUUCGCUCCUUCUAUCCAGCCAGAGGAGCACCAGCGCAAGAGAUAAGAUAUCUGAAGAAGAAGAAGAAGAAGAAAACUAGAGAGCUCUACACCACUCUCUUCUGACUUCUGCUCUUCUCCUCAGCUUCCCUUCUUUUCUGAAGUUUCAGAUUUUGGUGUGUGCCCAGAAAAGUGCAUUAAACCAUGUCCUCCUCCAAUCUAACAAUGUGGGUUUCCUCCAAACCUUCUCUGUCUGAAGCCUCUUCACUCUCUUUCUGCUCUUCCCUCAGUCCUUUCCAGCUUCCUGCCCAUAAUUCAGCUACCUGCAGCCCCUAUCGAUCAUCGUCGGUUAAUCCAAUCCACUGCAGUCUCCGAGAACUUCGAGAGCGUAUUUCUUCCGUAAAGAAUACCCAAAAAAUUACUGAAGCCAUGAAGCUUGUCGCUGCUGCCAAAGUCCGGAGGGCCCAAGAAGCUGUUGUCAAUGGAAGACCCUUCUCGGAAACUCUUGUCGAAGUUCUUUACAGCAUCAAUGAGCAGCUCCAAAAUGAAGACAUAGAUGUCCCUCUCACCAAAGUUAGGCCUGUUAAGAAGGUUGCUUUGGUUGUUGUCACUGGCGAUCGGGGUCUUUGCGGUGGUUUCAACAAUUAUGUUCUCAAAAAAGCUGAAAGCAGGAUCGCGGAAUUGAAGGGUCUUGGCGUUGAUUAUACUGUGAUCAGUGUAGGCAAAAAGGGUAACAGCUAUUUCAAUCGCCGGCCUUAUAUUCCUGUGGAUAAGUAUUUCGAGUCUGGAUCCCUCCCCACUGCAAAAGAGGCUCAGGCCGUUGCCGAUGAUGUCUUUUCGCUCUUUGUUAGUGAAGAGGUUGAUAAGGUGGAGCUUCUGUACACUAAAUUUGUGUCGCUGGUUAAGUCUGAUCCUGUGAUCCAUACCUUGCUUCCACUCUCGCCGAAGGGAGAGAUUUGUGAUAUAAAUGGGAAUUGUGUUGAUGCUGCUGAGGAUGAGUUCUUCAGGUUGACAACUAAGGAAGGAAAAUUGACAGUGGAGAGAGAUGUUAUGAAGACUGAGACGGUGAAGUUCUCACCCAUCUUGCAAUUUGAGACAGACCCAGUUCAGAUCCUUGAUGCUUUGCUACCUCUUUAUCUCAACAAUCAAAUAUUGAGGGCAUUACAGGAAUCACUAGCCAGUGAGCUUGCUGCUAGAAUGACAGCCAUGAGUAAUGCAACUGACAAUGCAGUGGAACUGAGGAAGACCCUGUCAACUGUCUACAAUAGGCAACGUCAGGCAAAAAUCACAGGCGAGAUACUGGAAAUUGUUUCUGGAGCCGAUGCUUUAGGCUAGAGGAAUAUAGUUCUUCCUUGCCCACACAUUGAGCGUCCCUAUAGGGUUCUAUAAGUUUGGUUCUAUAGUCAGCAGGGUAUGCUUAAUUAAAAACAACUUCGCAGAUUUGACACUUUUGAAUGUAAUUUUCAACUUCAUGAGCAAAAAAACUGUAAUGAAUCUGGGAACAGAUGGGGCCUUCCAAUAAUCUUUGUAUGUCAUUUUUGCCCUCUUUCAUAUUUAUAAUACUUGUAUUAUUUGGAGUUCA